AUGGCCAUGCCGGUCGAGAAGAUCGAGUUCCUGCACUGGAAGCCCCUGAAUGCCGAGAUUCCCUGGAAGGAUGUCAUCGCGGAGGCCGGAGCUGCUGUUGGGGAGGCAGAGGUGCGCCUGGUGUGUCGGCCUGUUCAGGAUUGCUGGGAAGCGUUUCCGGCCCUUGUGUCGAUUGCAAGUCGUGAGGGAGCAGCGCAGUGGCAGAGUGGUUCUGUCCCCAUUGAAGCGAACGCCUCAUCUGGGUUCUUCGAUGAAGAUGGCAGCUUCUACUACAUCCAGAAUUUUCCGCACAGCGAAGACGAGAGCGGCAGCCAGGACGACUUUUUCUCCGAGGGCAUGAUGCAAGUGCUUGACAAGGUCGUAUUCAGAGUUGGGCCGAACAUGGAGCAGCCGAUUGAGGUCGUCACCCUUCUGGGCGAUGAGUUUCCUGGACAAGUGCUGAUGCCUCAAGUGCAUCGGGGCAGCAGACUAUUUGUCCUACAGUCGGUGAUGAAUGACGGUGGUCGGGCCGGCCUGGUCAGCAGCCUUCAUGCAGUGGACUUGGAGACUCUUGAUUUCCAAGAGUUUGAGGACAUCCCGGUUCCACUUCCGCGGCUGGAUGAGGUUCGUAAUCCAGACAGGUGGGACAACCUGAACUGGCGCAUCCCCCAUGGGCUACCGAAAGGUUUUACCGCUGAGCAGAUGGUUGUUGUUCAGCCCCAGAUGCAGUUAGUCGUCUCUGGGCAUCGCUUUAGCUAUACUAGCUUUCCGCAUGAGAUGGAGGGGUUCAUCUACUGCGGGCUCGUGGACAUGGAAGCUGAAACGGUCCGCUGGGACUGUGUAAAGCGAGCUGGGCGCGAGGACCUAGAAGCCUUUUGCAACGGGUCCUUAUGUGCCUCAGCCGAUGGUUGUGUCUGUUUGUCGGGCUCCUUGUCUGGUCCCGUGCUGCUGUUGGCCUCGGUGGAUGGUGGAAGAAACUGGCCGAUCAGAGUUGAGGAUCCCUGGGGUCCCUUCGCCCACCCGCUAUGCAUUGCGGCGGCUCGCUCCGCCUACGCGUUUGUGGGCUCCCAUGUCGGCGAAGGCUAUGAGCUACGAGUCUGGGAAUGCGCUCGAUCAGCGAGCUGCUUAGAUACGAUCAUCACGGGGGCCUUGCUCUCUCGGCAGCGCAAAGCGCUGGGACUCGGCUUGUGGCUGCGAGGAGUGAUGCCCUUCCUUUUUCAUGCGAUGGACAAAACGGAUGUGGCAUUUACGUGGGAGCUUUAG